UAUAUUUUCGACAACCCUAGUUCCAGCUCUAAAAGAAAAUGUUGUGAAAAGAAAAACGCUGCUUUUCCAUGAUUUGUGGCCAAAUCGGAAGUGCUAACUGUGCGGGCGAGAUAAUGCCGAUCGAGUGAGGCUAAGACACUAAACGGGCGGAGCGACUGCGCCGCAAUCGCUUCGCUUUGGCAAUUGUGUGUGUGUAUCAUGGACAAGCUACGAAACAACAACAAGGAGAAUGCAUCCAUUGAGUACCCCUACCCACAGCCCUCUCGCCCCCUGGAAUCCACCACCGCUGCCUCGUCUACGCCACUGGAGUCCGGCGAGGAUGUGGAGAGCAAUAAAAGCACGCCCUAUUUCACGCCUCUCGAGUUCCUGCAGACGUCCUUUGAGUUCCCCUCGCCCACGGGGGAGGGCGGGGUCCUGGGCAUUCCCGAGUCGUCCGCGGAACAGGAGGAUCAGGAGUCGGAGGAGCCCUACACCCCCAGGCAGUUCACCAUUGCCAGUCCCCACCCAGCUUCUAAUGUCCACCAUCCACCCAACUCGCAGUCACCCACUUUAAGCCGCAAGUUCAAGAGGCUCUCGUUGUACGACCGACGAUCCUGCUCGCCGCACAUCACCAGCUCCACUGUUGGAGAGGAGCGGGGCGGAGGGCGCGGCACCGACAAAGAAAACACUAUCCCCAAGGGAAGAUCGGACGAUCAUGACCUGGAAAACAGCUUGUAUUUGUCGAAAAGUGAACACAAUUCACCCACAAUCCUGUUCAAGGAUGAAUCCUCCACGACGCCGGGGCUGGAGGCCAGUCGCCUAAGCUACUCACCCAAACUGUUGUCCUCCAUCAAUAAUCUGAACUUAUCUGGUUCGCCUUUAAACAUCAUCAACUCAGCUGGCUACAAGAAUGGCAAUUUCUUUCGCUUCCCGGAGAUCGAUCAUGUUGUGCAGGAGGUGCCUAUGGAUACGGGCAGCUUAGAGGAGGCUCCUCGCCGGGAACGAAGUCCAGCGGUUGUUGAGCCGCCGGAGCAGCAGCAACAGAAGUCGGAGGGCCGAAAGAAUCGCAAGAAUAAAAACAAUCUCACCAUUCGUAUCACGGACGUGCCCAUUAAGAACUCGAGCCAGGCCUCGCCCUUGCCAAAGCCCAAGACUCCGACUAUAAAGAGCACCAAGGAGAAGGCCCGCUCGCUGGACUCGGCGGCCAAUGAGUCGGAGCUGUCGAUCGUGGUGCACAACAUAACCGAAUCUCACGGUAGCUGCGAUGGCAUGGAGUCGGGCCAGAGCAAGCCAUCGACGAGUGUCAUUCAUCACCACCAUCUCCAACAGCCAACUUCUGGCGUCUACUCAACUUCGCUUUCCUGGCUGGACAGCCACCUCAGUUUGGUCAAUCAGCGGCGCACUCCGCGCAGGAAGUCGCCCGGAAUCAACACCACAGACUGGCUUACGUACCACCGCAAGCAGAACCCAUAUCAGGUGCCGCCGCCGCACUGCAGUACCACGGCCCAAAGCUCCCUGGAUUCGGACGCUAGUCUGACGCCCAGUUUGGGCGAUUCGGAGCUGAAGUCCGCCUGCAGCGUAGACAGCGGUUCCAAGUUUGGAAUGGGCGCCACUCUAGCGCCGAGGAGCGCCCACAAGCACAAUCAGCUGCUGCACUCGUCCAGCACGAAUCUGAAGACGCUGCCCGAAUGCCUCACCCUGGUGGAGUUCUCUUCCUCUGGCGGUCCCAAGGAUUCGCCCUUCAAGCAAAAGUCCAUGGAUCUGCCGAUGCCGGCGCUGCAGGCCAAGGCCACCGUGUCCACAUCUUCGAUGAAUCUCCUCCAGCGGCGGGGAUCCAAUCACAGUUUAACGCUCAACCUGCACAGCUCGUGCGGCAACCUGAUGAACAGCGGACUAAGCCUGUCCAACUACAGCCUGGGCUCCAUACUCAACUCCAAGUCCAGCUGCAAUUUGGAUGCGGGUGCCGCCAACCAGAUCAGGUCGGAUCAGCAGCCCCAGGCGCAUCUGCUGGCCAGCAGCCAAGGCAGUCGGCAGGGGCUGUUUAGGAGGCGCGGGUCGAACCACAGCAUCACCUUGAAGACGGGGCACACAACCACCUCGUGCGGGGACUUGAACUCCAUGCACCAGCUGCAACAGCAGCAGGCGAUGCUGAGCGCGGAGAAGUACAAUCGCCUCAACAUGCGCACCAAUUCCACUGGCUCGGGAUCGGGCUCGGGAUCCAAUGUGCCCACACCGAAGCGCGGAUUGCUAGAGCGUCGCGGCUCAAAUCAGAGCCUUACCCUCAACAUGGGCAGCAUUUUGGGCGUGGGAGCUGCUACUGAAAUCCAAAUCCAAGACAUGGGGCAACCGAAGGUUACCGUUUGCAGUUGCGCUGCCGCCAACCAAGCUCCGCACCAGCGCAAGUUCUUCAGCACCGAGAACCUAAACAGCAGCAAGGUCAACAAUCAGAAGUUCUUCGGCCAGGUGUGCUUUGGAUCCGCCUCGGACUUGCAGCCCAAUCCGCAAGAGGAAACGGCUGGCGCGGAUCCGGGCAUUGUCGCCACUUGCACCUGCGCUGGAACCGUGCGCAACAUCAUGACACGGCCUCUGUCGCCGCAGACAACCAGCGAGGAGUUCAAGAUCUACCUGGCCAGCAUACAGAUGCUGCAGAGUGCCUCCAAUCCCCUGAAUCAGUUCGAUUUGAUCCGACUGAACCAUGUGUUCGAUCACAGCUACCAGACCAACAGGAGUGUGAUUGAGCGGCCCCCUGUGCUGGGCUCUAAUGCACGGGAUCUGGACACGCCCACUGACCUGGUGCCGCCGAGUUCGGAGGACAGCGAACUGCUUGCCUGCUACCAAACUGUGGUGAAGAGAAUCGUGCAAACCCUACCGGAAAUGGAGGAGAGCGAGCAGAAACGCAUCUUCCGGGACCUGCACAAGGAGUUCUGGGACCUACCGCUUAAUCACCAGGAGAAGCCGAUGGUCUUCGGCUCGCAGACGAAGAAUCGCUACAAGACUAUUUUGCCCAACGAGCAUUCACGCGUGCUGCUCGAAACGGAGUCAAACGAGUUGAUUAACCUGCAGGAGGAGGUGAAGCGGACCGCCAGCGAGGACAUGCCCUACAUCAAUGCCAAUUACAUCAAGGGACCCGACUACGUGUCCAAGUGCUAUGUGGCCACGCAAGGACCGUUGCCGAAUACCAUCUUCGAGUUCUGGCUGAUGAUCUACCAAAACACACAGCGCUACAUACGCCGCUGCGUUGAUGGCGGGAGCAGCAGCAGUCCGCACAUGGACCGGGCGCAGAUCCUUCAGCAGUACUUCCAAAAGAUUGUCAUGCUCACCAACUUCACGGAGACGAAUCGCCAGAAGUGCGCCAUCUACUUUCCCGUUGAGCUGAACGAGAUCUUUGCGGUGGCCGCCAAGUGCGAGGUGUUCCAUCUCAGUGCAGCUGCCCGGGAAUACUUUGAUCCAUAUUUGUCGUCCACCUUUGUGCCGGACACUGUGGUGGCUUCCUCCGAGGCGAUCGACUAUGAGCUAAGUGGCCGGCACAUUGGCGUGGAGUCGGUGAAGGUGACACUGGAGGGCGAUCUGCUGGAGGCUCUGCCUGCCCAGGGAAGCUUCUUCCUGGUCAAGAACGUGGGCAUUGUGCGUAGGAAUGGCUACUCGGUGAGGAAGCUGGUGCUGCUCUACUGCAUCCGUGUGCCGCAAAGUGCUAGCUAUCACCUGCAGAAGAUCUACUGCUACCACUACUGGUAUCCGGACUGGCCGGAUCACCACUCGCCACGGGACAUCAACACGCUGCUGGACACCUGCUUGCAUGUUCUGAAUCUGGGCAAAUGCGAGUCGGAGUUUGACAACUACGAUGAGAGUAGGAGUGACCGAAAUGCCCACUUGGCGGCCCAGCGGCUGGAGAUCUACCAGCAGGACAUCUUCAAUGCGGUGCAGCCGCUUCCCGUGAUCCACUGCUCGGCUGGAAUCGGGCGCACUGGUUGCUUCACGGCCAUCCUGAAUGCAGUGCGUCAGUUGCGGCAAUCGCUGGCCUACUCGCUGACGGGAAUGCUGACCAAAUCGCUGACCAGCAGCUCGGCGGAGGAGAGCGAUUGUCCAACGGACAGCGACAGCAGCUUCACGUGCAACACCAUCCGGCACAUCAAGCACAUUCUGGAUCACCAGGAGGACGAAGCGGAAGCGGAGGCGGUUGAGACGCCCCCAUCCUUUGACCGCCUGCCCAAGAUGCCGGACAUUUUCGUGGACGUGCUGGGCAUCGUGUGCAAUCUCCGCCUGCAGCGGGGUGGGAUGGUCCAGAACUCAGAGCAGUACGAGCUGAUCCAUCGCGCAAUUUGCCUCUACUUAAAGCGCACACUGGCGUUGAAGCGAUUUUGAAAGUAGCGGCAAACAUAAAAUAACAUUUUGACGACGAACAGAAGGAGAUGAAGAACAAAACACCAAUUUACUAUUUGUAAUCACAACUUUUGUGACCUUUAUUUUAAUGAAAGCAACCACAACGGACAAGCAACAAGAUUAACAAGAAACCAUGGCUAAAAGAGUCUCGAAAAAGUUAAAUAAGAUGGCACUCUCCGUAGAGGAUUGACGAGAUGCUCUCAAAAUUUGCUAAAAAUACAUAUUCUAUAUAUAUAUAAAUGUUUAUUAAGUGUUGGAUGUAUGUGUGUUAAAUGUGUACAUAAGUGUAAAUGUUUCCGACUUUUGGUGUGAACUAUGCUUAAACUAAAGUUAAUUAACCAUUAUUAUACCUUACCUUACCUUACCAAAACCAUACCUUACCAUAAAGAACCGCAUCUUUACAGAGCUCGCGACCUGUGGCCGCGUUCCUCGGUGAGUUGUCCAACCUGUUUGGGUGCGGAGAAAGCUCAAACCUUUUUCAAGUUGGGCCCCUUCCAGGGUCCUUCUGACUAAAACACCAAUUUCCCCAAUCCCAAACUGACAGCUCGACCGCCGGACGAUGGCCAAAACACGGACAAGAGUUCAUUAAAAACACAAGAGAAAAACUCGAAAAAAAUGGAAACCCAUAAAUGAACUUGUAUUAACGUUUAUGCAAUGGAACUAGUCAAAUAAAACUUAGAAACAUUUUAAAUGUAA